AUGGCUUCUUCUUUUGCUUUGUAUUUCCUUCUUCUAGUGCUUGUUGCAAACAUUUUCUACUUCCAAACCUCUUUGUGUGACGACGCUGCUGACCAGGCAUUGAUAAUGAAUAUAUGUAGACAAGUGCAAGAUUCUACCUUCUGCUUAAAUACUUUCAGACAAAAUAUACCAUCUCAUCCAUAUACUCCUACUGUAGUAACACAAGUUGCUAUUAGCCAAUCAUUACAACAUGCUACCAACAAUCGUAUCUUCAUAGAGACAUCAAAAGCAAAUUCAAAAGACAAAGAAAUCCAAAACUUAUUUGCUAUUUGUGAUAGUGGCUAUGGAUUCUUGAUAACUGAGCUCCAAAGCGCUACUCAAUCAUUAGCCAAUAAAAAUUUUAAUGCCUUAGAAAAUUCACUUUUCAAGUGUCCCAAAUUUGUGAAUGACUGUCAGAGUGCAUUUGGUGGCAAGACCACACCUGAAUUAUUAGACAGGAGCAGGAAACAAUUAGAUCUUGUACUAAUGGCAAAUAGUGCUGAAGGUCUUAUUCAAAAAUAG